CCGGAAACUUUUUCCGACUUCACCUAAUAAAAUGUCGUCGGAGACGUCCAAAAUCACGUCGGAGAUAACAACCGCCGCCGAUUACGGCCUUAAUCUCAACGAAACAGCGCUUACCUUAGGUUUACCAGGGGAUUCACGAGGUCGAAAUUUGGGAGCAAAGCGACGAUUCUUGGAAACGAUUGAUUUGAAAUUAAGCAGCAAUGAAGAUUCCGAAGCUAAUCAAUCGGAUACCGAAUGCUCCGACGCUACAAAACCGCCUUCCGAAACAGAACGAGUGGUCGGGUGGCCACCGGUGAACUUACACAGGAAGAACGCCGUGAACAGUAAUUUUAAGUUUGUAAAGGUGGCUGUCGACGGAGCACCAUAUCUGAGAAAAGUAGAUCUGGGAUCAUAUACAGGCUAUCAGCAGCUUCUAUUCGCUCUAGAAGACAUAUUCUCCUGUUUCACAAAUAGCGUAUUGAAUGAGAAAAAGUUGAUGGAAAAAGAAUAUGUUAUAACGUAUGUGGAUAAAGAUGGAGACUGGAUGCUUAUUGGUGAUGUUCCAUGGACGAUGUUCUUCGAGACUUGCAAGCGAAUAAGGUUAAUGAUAAGCUCAGAAGCCAUUAAUGGACUAGCUCCAAGUAGGCAAGAACACCUUCAAAAUUCUCCAUCUCUAGUUGUUGAAAAAGGACCAAAGAAUGCAUGA